UACCCAUAAAAAACAAAAGAAAAAGAAACAAUACUUGCUGAUAAUUACGUUGAUUCCAUCUUGUUUUUCCUCAAGCCCUCUAAAAGGGCAAGAUUCAACAACACCUGCAGCUCAGAUUGAGUUGUAAUACUACAUAUUCCAAUGCCGGAGAAAGUGGCGGUAUCACCAAAACAGUGGCUUGUUGCAGGGCCAAUGCAUCAAUGGAGAUUUGGUGUGCUAACAGCUCUUGUAUUUGUUGGGAUGGUGGUGGUGUGGAGCGUCGAUGGUUGUACUAUAAAGAACUUCAUUCAAGCUUGGAGGCUUAGGGAAGAUUAUAUUUCCUUCAAACUCAAUGCCACUGUCGAUCUAAUGCAAAUAAAUCAAAAUCUCUCUCUAAACACCCCCAAUGUUCAUGUUUCCGCCACCCAAAAACUAAACCAAAACGACACCAACAGUUUUAGUCCUUUACCCAGUUUGUCUCAGACCCAAAACUACCAAACCGGUACGACUAAUUUUUCUUCCAACAGUUCUGCCAAUUUGUCUCAACUCCAGAAGCGACAAAGUGGGAAUCAAAUUUCGGAAAAUUUGAGGUGGGUUUCAGUUGAACUGGAGCCCAACUUGACUAGUAAUCUUCUGGCUCGUUGGUUGACUCCAGGAGGAGAGCCGUGUAAAGAUUCCCGUACUGUGGAGAUUGCAAUUCGUGACCUAGAUGGAGGGAAGAUGGUGGAGUUAUCAGCUGGUGAAAUCCAUGAAUUUUACUUCCAAGCAUUGGAUGAGUCCGGGAAGCCUCGUUGUCUUGGUGGGGAUUACUUCGAGACUGAUCUUUCAGGAGGGUCAUGGAAAUCUAGGCCUGUGGUCAAAGAUUUUGGUAAUGGUACUUACUUGCUUUCGCUUCAGGUUCAUCCUGAUUUUUCCGGUGAUUAUAAUUUGACCGUCAUUUUGCUCUUUAGACAUUUUGAGGGUCUUAAGUUUUCUCCUCCAAGGUUUGUUUAUGAUAGAGAGUUGCGUCAUAUUCCCAUUAGGUUCUUUAGAAGUAAAGCUAAACUGCCAGGGUUACAAAUUUGUCGAAAAUCUGAUUUUACGAGAGAUAUUUGGUCUGGGAGGUGGACAAGACAUGGAAAGAACGAUGAUUGUCGAAUUAGCCAGGAUGGUAGGUAUAGGUGUCUAGCACCAGAUUUUCCCUGUCAAAAGCCAUGGUGUAGUGGUUCAUUGGGAUCGAUUGAAAGUAAUGGUUGGGUAUACUCAAGUCAUUGUUCUUUUAGGAUGUUUUCAGCUAAUUCUGCUUGGAAAUGUUUGAAAAAUAGGUGGAUUUUCUUCUGGGGCGAUUCCAAUCAUGUUGAUACAAUAAGAAACAUGCUGAAUUUUGUCUUAAAUUUGCCUGAUAUACAUUCAGUUCCUAGGAGAUUUGAUAUGAAUUUUUCAAACCCCAAGGACCCUUCUCAGUCGGUACGAAUUACAAGCAUUUUCAAUGGUCACUGGAAUAAGACACAAAAUUACCAAGGGUUGGAUUCUUUGACAGAUGAAGGAUUUAGGAAUUUGCUGAAAAAUUACUUCUCUGAGGACACCGUUCCGGACUCGAUAAUUGUGAACUCAGGCUUGCACGAUGGUGUUCACUUUCAUAGCAUAAGAGCAUUCUCUAGGGCAGCAGAGUAUGCUGCUUCAUUUUGGGAAGAAGUUAUGGAGUCCAUAAAACACAGGGGAUUGAGGGUGCCACAAAUUUUCUAUCGUAGCACAGUGGCGACUGGUGGAUAUGCACGGUCGCUGGCAUUUAAUCCUAAUAAAAUGGAGGCAUUUAAUGGGGUAUUCUUAGACAAGUUGAAGCAAGCUGGGCUGGUUUCUGGUGUGAUCGAUAACUUCGAUAUGACUUUUCCAUGGCAUUUUGAUAACCGUUGUAACGAUGGUGUACAUUAUGGAAGAGCUCCAUUGAAGAUGAAGUGGAGGGAUGGUGAAAUUGGACACCAAUAUUUUGUCGACCUCAUGUUAGCCCAUGUGCUACUUAAUGCUCUAUGUGCGCAAUAGUUGAAGUAAAUUGUAGGUAAUUGGCAAUUUUUGGAAGGUUUCUGUUUAGUAGCUCUGGAAAGUAGCAUUUGUGAAGCUAUUGAGUUGCUGGAUAUUGCUACUGCCAUUGCAGGCUUUGUUGGAACACAUGGAGAGACAGCUUAGAUGGUGCAUGGAAUCAAAUUUUCAAGACUUUUACGUAAUGGAUGAUAUUCAUUAAUAGGUUAGGAUUGGCAUUCUUUAUUUGUUUAUAAAUUUAUUACCACUUACAGUCUUAGAUAGAUCCAGCUCUCAGGCAUGUAGAUUAUGAGAGUUCCACGGAAUGUAUUAGUGAAUAUGGUCAUAUAUAAUAAUGUAACCAGUGCAUAUAUUUGAUGUUUUGUCAAUAUAAUUGUUUGUUACAUAAAUUUUUAGUUGAUCUAUUGC